GUUUACGAUGAUGUGAUUUUCUUUUCAUGACAUUUUAAACAAACUUUAUUUUUUUAUUUUUUGCGGCAUUUAUUUGUUGUUCAUUCAUUCAUCUAGUAUUGUUGGAUCGUCUAUUUACAAGCUGGCUUAGAAAAGCGGCUAUAAUAACGUUGUUUGGUUACAGGCAGGCUGGCAUAAAGACACGUCGACAAGAUUCUGUAUGAAAGUAAAUGACACUUUCUUUGUCGUGGUUAAAUCUUCGAUAGAAGUGAGUUAAAAAUAUUAAUUUACAACCAAUUUCCUGAGGAAAGUUAGAGUGCUGUGAAAAAUGCGUAUCAGCAAUAUACGCAGCGGACGCAUGUGCCGUUUGGCCCUUGUGUGUAUGGUCAUUUUGCCACUGCUGUAUUUAUUAACCACUUGGAGCGAUAGCCACAAGCGUGUGCAAGAAGCAUAUCAAGCCAAGUUCGGCUCUGGCCGUCGCAGUUAUCAGCGUCUUGAGGGUAGACCCAAAGAAGUACCCGUUUUAGUAGAAGGUUUAGGCAACUUUGAGCCCCAACAUUUAGAAGAUCGUGUGGGGCCGGGUGAAAAUGGCGAAGCUCAUCAUUUGCCGGCCCACAAGAAAAAUGAAGCUGAUGAAUCAGAAAUGGAAUAUGGCAUGAAUAUAGCCUGUUCCGAUGAAAUCUCUAUGCAUCGCAGUGUGCGUGAUACACGUCUAGAGGAGUGUAGACAUUGGAAUUAUCCCUAUGAUUUACCCAAGACUAGUGUUAUUAUUGUUUUUCAUAAUGAAGGAUUUUCUGUGCUAAUGCGUACCGUCCAUUCUGUGAUAGAUCGUUCUCCCAAGCAUGUUUUGCAUGAAAUUGUUCUGGUGGAUGAUUACUCGGACAAAAAGAAUCUUAAGGAAAAAUUGGAUGAAUAUAUUGAACAGUUUAAUGGUUUGGUAAAAUUGGUGCGAAACAAAGAGAGAGAAGGUUUGAUACGUACCAGAUCUAGAGGUGCUUCGGUGGCAACAGGUGAAGUUAUAGUCUUCUUAGAUGCCCAUUGCGAAGUUAACAUUAACUGGUUGCCACCACUAUUGGCUCCCAUCUAUCGCGAUCGUACCGUAAUGACAGUGCCCAUUAUUGAUGGUAUUGAUUAUAAAACCUUUGAAUAUCGCUCUGUAUAUGGUAGUGAAAAUCAUUUCCGCGGUAUUUUCGAAUGGGGCAUGCUGUACAAAGAGAAUGAGGUGCCAAAGCGUGAGCAACGUCGUAGACAACACAAUUCUGAACCCUAUCGCAGUCCCACUCAUGCUGGUGGGCUGUUUGCCAUCAAUCGUGAAUACUUCUUAGAAUUGGGAGCUUACGAUCCUGGUCUUCUGGUAUGGGGUGGUGAGAAUUUCGAAUUAAGUUUCAAAAUUUGGCAGUGUGGUGGCAGUAUUGAAUGGGUGCCUUGUUCACAUGUGGGUCAUGUAUAUCGUGGCUUUAUGCCUUACAAUUUCGGCAAAUUGGCACAGAAAAAGAAGGGUCCCUUAAUAACCAUUAAUUAUAAACGUGUCAUUGAGACUUGGUUUGAUGAAACACACAAGGAGUAUUUCUAUACCAGAGAGCCGCUGGCUAGAUUCUUGGAUAUGGGUGAUAUUUCGGAACAGUUGGCCUUGAAGAAACGUUUGAAUUGUAAAUCAUUCCAAUGGUAUAUGGAUAAUAUAGCUUACGAUGUUUAUGACAAGUUCCCCGCUCUACCAGCCAAUUUACACUGGGGUGAAUUGCGUUCGGUAGCCUCCGAUAAUUGUCUCGAUUCGAUGGGCAAUCAACCCCCAGCAAUUAUGGGCUUGUCUCAUUGCCAUGGUGGUGGUAAUAAUCAACUAAUAAGACUUAAUGCUGCUGGACAAUUGGGCGUAGGUGAACGUUGUGUAGAAGCCGAUCGUCAAGGUAUAAAAUUGGCUGUCUGCCGUUUGGGUACCGUAGAUGGACCCUGGAGUUAUAAUGAACAGACAAAACAUUUGCUGCAUCGUGCCCAUAAGAAAUGUAUGGCCUUACAUCCCACCACUCAACAGCUAUUUUUGGCCCACUGUGAUGUUAAUGAUGGCUAUCAACAGUGGUAUUUUAAGCCCAUUAAACCCAGAUAUUAGACAAUCAAAAUAUUGAGAAAUGUAAACACUAACUAAAUGAACGAACGAAUGUAUGUAUGAGUGAAUGAUGGAAUGCAACAUUAAGGAGACCUAUAACAAAAAAGACACAAAAAUUUAUAAGCAAUAUAUUUAUUAGAAAAUUAAAAAGAAGAGGAAAAAUUAUAUAAAACUAAGUUAGAAGGAAACUAACGCUACUUAAUGUGGUAUGAGAAUGUAGAGAACAAAGUGGGUUUCAAAAAUCAAUCUAUAGUUUUUUAAAAACAAGUAUAGAUGUUAACAAAAAGGAAAUAGAGAUAUGAGGGAAUGUAUGAAAAAUUUUCUUAUUGAAAAUUUUUUCAAACAUUGGGUAGACAACAAAUCAAAAACUAUUUAAAAUAUUGAAUACAAUUUUUAGUUAAUAACAUUUUUUUAAAUAACAUUUUAAGGUGUUUUUUUAUUUUUCAUUUUUAAAUUUUAUUAAAAAAAAAAAAAAAAACAAUUAUUCGUCAACAUUGCCAACUUCUUUUUAAGAAAUGUUAUAUUUAUUUAAUUAUUUAAAAUAUUUUUUAUAACAAUUAUACUUGUAAAAAGUAUACAUAUGAAGAAUUCUUUGAUUAUAUAGCUUCCAUUUUUUUUGCUUUAUUUUUCUUGAUAUUAUUUCGUUUUAUCAAUUUUUAAUUUGUGAUAAAUCUUGCAAAACAUUUAACUAUUCUUAUUUACUUUACAAUACUAUAACUAACUUUACAAGUAAUCUCUUCUAUUAUUUUAGUAUUAAGUAUUUACUUAAUUAUUUUUACUUUUUAGGGUUUUUUUGAAAUCAUGAAAAUAAUGACUUUUUGAAAAAAAGCAACUAAACAUUUAUAAAUGCUACUAUUACAAGUCUGAAAAUGAAAAAAAAGUUAAACAAAAAACUAUUUAACAUGAAAAUAUUAAAUAAAUA